AUGACGAAAUCACAUUAUAAGACAUUAGGAGUUACUGAAAACGCAACUUCCUGUGAAAUUCGAAAGGCUUAUUAUAAAUUGGCCAAAAAUUAUCACCCUGAUAAAAACCCCAAUGGAACCGAAAAGUUCAAAAAAAUUUCAAACGCGUAUGAGACUUUGUCUGAUCAAGAAAAAAAAGGGGCUUAUGAUUUGAAAAGAAAACGCCCGACCGGUUUCGAUUUCGAAAGUUUCAAUACAAGUACUACUUCUUCUAGCUCAAGCCCACGAAACAAGAAGCGAAGUCGAAAAGCUCCACCAACUACACCAAGUCCAUCUCCACCACCACCUCCUAAGAGAUCAGACUACCACGUCUAUAUUACAGCGGAAAUCUCAUUAAAACAAGCAUAUCUCGGCGUGAGCCCCAUCAGGGUUAGCUACAACCUGAAGAUGAAUUGCGAUACAUGCCAUGGUAUUGAGAGUACUGUCCUGAAAUCUAAGCUUUGUAAGGCUUGCAAUGGUGCUAAAGAUGUGGAAACCCUGGAUUACAACAAAAAAGAGUAUCGGUUAUGUGCCAAGGCUGUGAUGAAAAAGGUGUAA